UUGCUUGUUCCGCGCUCCGGCGGCUCUUCUAGUUCAGCGCGGGCGAGCGGCAGAGGGGGAGAUGGCAGCCGCCCUGCAGCGCGUGGAACGGCUGUCCAGUCGGGUGAUUCGCGUCCUGGGCUGUAACCCGGGCCCCAUGACCUUGCAGGGCACCAACACCUACCUGGUGGGGACCGGCCCCAGGAGAAUCCUCAUUGACACUGGAGAACCAGCAAUCCCAGAAUAUAUCAUCUGUUUAAAGCAGGCUCUGACAGAGUUUAACACAGCCAUCCAGGAAAUCAUAGUGACCCAUUGGCACCGUGAUCAUACCGGAGGCAUAGGAGAUAUUUGUAAAAACAUCAAUAAUGACAGUACAUACUGCAUUAAAAAACUCCCACGGAAUCCCGAGAGAAAAGAAACAGUAGGAGAUGGAGAGCAACAGUAUGUUUAUGUGAAAGAUGGAGAUGUGAUUAAGACUGAAGGCGCCACACUAAGAGUUAUAUACACACCUGGCCACACUGAUGAUCAUAUGACCCUACUUUUAGAAGAGGAAAAUGCUCUCUUUUCUGGAGAUUGCAUCCUAGGGGAAGGAACAACCGUGUUUGAAGACCUCUAUGAUUAUAUGCGCUCCCUAAAAGAAUUAUUAAAAAUCAAAGCUAAAGUUAUAUAUCCAGGACAUGGCCCAGUAAUCCAUAAUGCCGAAGCUAAAAUUCUACAAUACAUUUCUCACAGAAAUAUCCGAGAACAGCAAAUUCUUACAUUAUUUCAUGAGAACUUUGAAAAGUCCUUCACAGCAAUGGAUCUUGUAAAAGUUAUUUACAAGGAUACUCCUGAGCAUUUACAUAAAAUGGCCGAACAUAACCUCUUACUUCAUUUGAAAAAAUUAGAAAAGGAAGGAAAGAUAUUUAGCAAUAUGGAUCCUGAGGAGAAAUGGAAAGCUCAUCUUUAGUUUCAGCUUAAAGAAAGAGUUUGUUGUUUUGUUUUUAGAGAAUGGUAUGUUUUGUUAACUAUUAAUUAUUUACAGAGAAUAUAGCGUGUGGAACAUUGAAAAUAAUCCUAAAUAUACUUUAACAUCAUACUUAUUCUAAAGUAUGUAACUUACAUUUUACACCUAUAAUAUUAGCUAUUUGUCUCCCCUAGGUCUUAUAACAUUUUACCAAAAAUUCAAAAUCCAACAGUUUAUCCAUUUUCAGUACAUAAAAUAAGUUUCUUUUAAAAUAAUUUAUGUCAUUUAAACUGGAUAUUAUUCUUAGAGGUUAUUUAUCUAUUACCAGUGGUCAGUAAUACUGUUUUUUCUAGCUGCUUCAAUUAACAGCACAGAUUUCAGUGUAAUCCUUCCUUUUCUGCAACCUUUGUCUAUAUCUGUAGAUUACAGGCUUGUUUUCAUGUUUCUAUCAAUUAUAUCAUGUUUAUAUUAUCAGUUCUAUACCUUUGUAGCAUGUAUACUUUCUCAUAGUGGCAUCCUACAAGUGAUUCAUGUAAAUCAACUUCUGGUAAUAGAAAAAUAUUAAAUUCCCAAUUAAAGUCAUUGUAUAUAAA